UGGUUUGGGUAACUACAACCUGUGUACUGAGCAACUCGCUAAUAAACUACAUCUCCCAGAAUGCAACACGCUUAGCUUUGCUGGGGAAGCUGAAUUCUGCAGAGGUAAAAUCUCUGGACCUGACAUGAAAACAGCAACAUGGCCAACUUCAUUCAGUUGAGUGAGGACCCCGUCCAGAUAAUUACUGUAACCAAAGAAACCAGUCUUGGCCUGAGCCUUGUUGGUGGCAUUAGCAGAGCGGAAGAGCCGCUGAUCUACAUUAAGGAUAUCAUUCCUGGGGGAGACUGUCAUAAGGAUGGGCGACUAAAAUCAGGAGAUCAGCUUGUAUCUGUAAAUAAGGAAUUGUUGGUUGGUGUGUCAUGUGAGCAAGCAAAAUGCAUAUUAAACAGAGCAAAAUUAAGGAAAGGCCCUGUUUGGGAGAUUGCUUAUAUUCGACCAGUUGAGGAGCUUCAGAAUCAUAUUUUACCGGCAGAUGGAUGUGUCAAAGGUGCAAUGGAUUUUAUGCCAAACAGGAUCUCUAGUCCCAGUGCUGCCAAAGCCAAUCUAUCAAGUGAGAGCAUUAAGAGCCAACAUGCUGCAGAAAGCCCACUGUCAGCUGCUAGCCAGACAUAUGGUGAGGAAGAACAACUCUCACUGAAUCCUUCUAUUCGAAUUAAAGUAGAAAAACUAGAAAUGGCCCUCAAUUACCUUGGAAUUCACCCAAAUGAAGAACAAAAAAGGUUAAUGAAGCAAGACCUAAAAAUUGAUGCAAAUGGGACUGUAGAGUAUGGAGACUUUGUACAGGUGGCCAGAAAACUCUUCACAUUGCAAAUAAAGGAAGGAGAUUUUAAGCAGGAGAUGACUCUUUCUGAAGACCGUGACAUCACAAGCCUAAUAGACUCAAAUGCCAAUAAAGAUUCAUUGCAUCCAUCAGUUUCUGACGACCCAGAACAACUGAGGAGAGAGAGAAAUGAGGCAUAUGCAGAGCUGAAAAAGUUGAAGGAAAGGCUACAGAAAUCAGAGAAAAACAGAAGUCAGUUAUCUGAAGAACUUGAAAAUGUAAAACAAGAGGCCAAAGGUGCCAUCGAAGAGGCCAGGGCACUGAGGAACAGAAUUCACCUGGCAGAGGUGGCACAGAGUCAAGCAAGCGGCAUGGAGACAGACUAUGAAGAAGUAAUUCGUCUUUUGGAGGCUGAAGUUGCAGAACUAAAAGCACAGCUCUUGAAAUGCUCUGGCCAAACUAAAGAUAAUGUUCAGGAUUUAAAAAGAAGAGCUUCUGUCCUCUGUUGCCAGCUGCGCAAAUCAGAGAUGGCCAGAAAGGCUUUUGAAGUGACAACUGAGAAGUUGCAGCAGUUUGCAGAGAAUGUCUGUGACAUUAUCUCUGAUGAUUCUGCCAAUAUGUUAAACCCGAGUGAAAAGGGUUCUCCAUUCUCAUCCAAGACUCUAAUGACACGACUAAAACCAAGCCGACAUGACAUUAUAGCUGCUAUGGCAGCAGAAGCCAGGGAUCUUGCCAGAUCUGUGCGUUCCAUGGUGGAUACUCAGUGCCUCCCUUACGGCUUGGAAGAAGCUUACACAGCAGAUGGAAUCAAGUACUAUAUCAAUCAUGUGACACAAACAACAACUUGGACCAACCCGGUGCUCAGCACAUUGCUUUCUGGGGAACUUGAAGACAUCCAAGGAGAUCCCCCUGAGAAGCAGAAUUGCUAGACUCAAAGCCCACAAGAACUUCGUUUUUUACCAAAUCAAAUGGUUUCAGAACAUCCCUAGUGCCUAUUAUUAGUAUAAACGUGUCUGGUACCAAAUCAGCAAUCCCUACUAUUUUCCCAAUGGGCGUAUGUAUGGAGCACCAUGCCAUAAGGCUACCAAAACAUUUAAAGUUUGAAACCCCAUUAGGAUUGUUUUACCAGCAAUAUGGAUUUCUGUGAGCUAUUAUUAUGGUGUAUUUAUAAAGUACAUUGUACUGGGGAUAAGACAGAAGCAAAACCGUGGGAGAAGAAUAAAUAACAUACAAGGUCACGGGGCCUUGGCUGGGAAAGCUUACAAAUACGGGAGUAUAAGCUCAAUAGAACAGGGAAAAAGAAAAUUGGCUCAAAGGAACAGUUUGUUGUAAAAAUGAAGCUGGGUAAAAUAAAUACAUAGCCUGCACAAAAUAAAAAAUAUAUCUAAUAUAGUUAGGCAAAAAUGUAAUAUAUAAUAGCUGGAGUGAGCAGAUGUCUACAUAAUAGCCAGAAUUCAACUAACUGCUUUCAGCUCUUUAGCCUCUUAGUGACUUUAGGGGGGCCACAUGGGACGUAACUGUUCAGUUAGUUUGUGAGCACACAGGUCAGAUUCAAAAGCAAACUAACUAAACAGUUAUGUCCCAUAUGGCCUCCCCUCUAGUCACUGAUUGGUUACUGACUGCUAACAGCUUAGAGAGCUGUAAACGAGGAAGUGGUGUUCUGGCUUUUAUGUUAGACAUUCGUUCACUCCAACCUUUAUCGAUUACAUUUUUGCCUAACUAACCAUAUUGAAAACAUUUUACUUUGUGCAGGUUAUUUAUUUUACCCAGUUUAAUUUUUACACUAAACUGUUCCUUUAAAAUGAACUUUGUUUAAAAGGGACACUAAGAGAAAUGACACAGAGCCUUCUAGAUAGCAGGAUUCUAUAUAGUAUAUGCUAUAAAUAUAUAUGCUGGCCAUACCUCAUGUUUAUAAGUUACCGUUAAGUUACUGAACACAUUCCGAGACGAGAAUUCCCAUGCAUUGUGUGCAUGCCUCCAGACUGGGAUUCACAGUAGGCCCUGGCAUUUCAUGUAAACAGAAGCCCAAACUGGCUCCCACUGGCCCACUACAUAGUGACUGUCUAUGGCAUCUUACAGCAGCCCCUCUGGCAUUUGCCAGACUGAGCCUGCGCAUUGCCACCGUUCAAAAAAAAAAACACGAUGACAAGCAGGAGGAAAGCCACCUCCCCACAAAAAGGGCUACAAAUACUAAUAAUAAACUGUCUGGUGGGUGAGGCUUUUCCACCUUUUCAAGAAUAACUGAAAGUAAUUUAGCUGCCUGUACUUAAAUGUCAGUGUUUAAAAAAAAUAUACAUAGAGCUUUAUUGUCAGUAUUUCUUGUAGGUUAUAUAACCACACUGCCGGGGAUCAAGCACCAAUGUAUAGACUUUAGUGCCAGUACUGGUUUUAUAGAAGUAAGGAGACCCUUUUUUACACAUAUAUUUCUAAGUUAUAGAGAAUUGAGGUACCUAGGGAGCGUAUGUACAUUUUAUGUUUAUUUAAACUGUAACUUUUUUAUUAUAUUUUUAAAUUUCAAAAACUUCAA